GUGGAUCGACCAAGCAGCAACAAUGAUGGGAAGGAGGGCGACGGAGGAGACCUCGCGCAGUCUUUGGACCGCCUAACCAUCUCAACAUCUCCUCCCGCCAAAACACCCCGCUCUCCCCGUUCCGUCCGUCCCGCCGGACCUGCCCCCCUCAAGACGGCCACUGACCGCUCGCCCAGUUUUCCGUCCCCGGGCAAUGCGGUGCGCAGUCCCCUUCGCUGUUCCUCCUCUGCUUCGGUACUUCACCCUUCUCAGUCUGCCACUCCAACUCUGCUGCGCAAGGCCUCGUUGAACUCGCUCCAUUCCGCAAACACCGUCACUCCGUCUCGUCGCGCGAGUUCCGGGAGCAUCUUGCCGUCUAGCAGGGUUAGAUCGGGCAGAUCGCCCCUCCGAAGCGUGUCCCCUGAGCUGCCAGAGAUCGUCAUCCCGACCCCCCAUUCCAUCGCCACCGACCACUUCAAGGCCGAGUUGGACAUACAUCAUGGCCCAGAGCCUACCCGCCGAGCCGAGACCGUCGUGAUCCUUCAAGACGCCUGCUAUGGCCAUCGGUACUCCCGCCCGCGGGCGUCGCGGGCCCAACUCAGCACCAUCGUCGAGCGACCCGAGAGGAUUAAGGCCUGUGUCCUGGGCUUGUCGGCAGCGUACGUGCGACUGGGCGAACGGCAUCAGGAUGGCGCAUUCCCCCUCCACCCGGACACGGACGCUGCCUCGCUUCCCUCAAUACCCUUCCGGAUCCAGAAAUCCACCCGGCGCCUGUCCCUGGGAUCGCAGACGGUGACCAACGUGCAUGGGACAAAGUGGAUGGAGGAAUUGAAGAUGAUGUGCGAGACAGCCGAGGCGAAACUGGUCGGGGGCGGUAAAGAGCUUCAGCGGCCAGACAUCGACCGAGGCGCGAACGCAGAAGCGCCGCAGAAGUUCCACGAGGGCGAUCUGUACCUCUGCUCGGAGUCGCUAGAGGCUAUUGAAGGGGCGCUCGGCGGCGUGUGUGACGCCGUCGACGCCGUCUUUCAACCUCAGGGGCCGCGCCGGGCGUUCGUCGCCAUUCGGCCACCCGGGCAUCACUGCUCGGCUUCCCACCCUUCGGGCUUUUGUUGGGUCAACAAUGUCCACGUCGGCAUCAUGCACGGCGUGCUCAGCCAUGGCUUGACGCACGCCGCCAUCAUCGACUUCGACCUGCACCACGGGGACGGCUCCCAGGCGAUUGCCUGGCAGCAUAACGCCCGAGGCGUCGGCUUGGCUAAGAACGCGGCCUGGUGGAAGAAGACGUCGAUCGGCUAUUUCAGCCUCCACGACAUCAACUCUUAUCCGUGCGAGAUGGGCGACGAAGAAAAGGUUAGGAACGCAAGUGUCUGCAUCGACGGCGCGCACGGCCAGAGCAUCUGGAACGUACACCUGCAAGGCUGGAAGACCGAGGCCGACUUCUGGGCCCUGUACGAGUCCAAGUAUGCGGUUCUCCUAGAAAAGACGCGCGCUUACCUAAGGAGCCACACCGAGCGCCUCAAGGCGUCGGGCCUGAAUUCAAGAGCUGCCAUCUUCCUGUCGGCCGGCUUCGACGCGAGCGAGUAUGAGGACCCCGGCAUGCAGCGACACAACGUCAACGUGCCGACAGAGUUCUACGCCCGCUUCACCCGUGACGUCGUCCGUCUUGCGGCCGAAGAGGGGACGAGCGUAGAAGGCCGCAUCAUCAGCGUCCUGGAAGGAGGCUACAGUGAUCGCGCGCUCUGUUCUGGUGUCUUCAGCCACCUCUGCGGUCUCGCCGGAGAUGGGCCUAGCAACAAGGACCAGGAGCUUGGUAGCGGGGCUUCGGAGACCGGCCAGCAGUUCACCCAGCAGCGCGCUCGGAAAGACUCUAGUGCCAGUGAGCGGGGCGUUCGGCGGUACGAGUCGUCGUGGUGGUCUACUGCGCAACUCGAGCAGCUUGAGGCUACCCUUGCUGCGCCUGUGCCGGCACCCCGAGUCAUCCGCAACACUCCGCCACCUACCUACUCAUCACCUACUCAGGCGUCUCAAGCGAAAGCUGUCAACCCCAAGAAUCGGAGCGGUUCUGUGUUGUCCCCAACCACGAGUAACGGAGCGUCUCGGGUCUCGUUCCAGCUGCCGCCGCCGCCGGAGGUUCCUUGGGCCAUCGCCACGGUGCAGCUGAGCAGACUACUGAUUCCAAGCGGGCGUCAAACGGCCAGCUGCACUGUUGAAGAGCUCAAUGCCGACGCUACCAGGAUUAGGCGUGAGCGCCAGGCGGCCCUGGCCGGAUCCGCUCCUCCGACGGCCUCUUCUGCCCCAGAAGACCGGCCGCCCACUAGAAUGGGACUACGGGAACGAAAGCCGAAACCCCCGCCUGUUGACGACGACGUAGAUCGUAAGACCAGGCGAAAGACCGUGGCCGGGCCGGCGGUUCUUGACACAGAGGCUGGAUCACGCGGAGCCACUUCGGUUCCUGGCAAGCAGUCUCGGCCGUCACGGCGUCUUAGCGCGGCGUCGACCGCUGUCUCUUCCGAGAGCUCAGAAGUGCCACCGUCGGUUCCUCGAAUCGUCCCGAUUCGCAGCAGCUCGAAGCAGGAAGUGGUGAACAAUGCCGAAGCCUCAUCGGAUGUUGCCGGGCCCGGCGGCAGCAGCAACCUCCAGGUUAAGAAGACUAGAGCCCCGACCAAGAAGGAGGCAGUGCCUCGUGCACCCAAGGGGAAGAAGUCCACUGGCCCCGCAAACGGAGCGCCGGCACAGACUACCCCUUCUGCGAAUGUCACUGCUGCAUCAUCGGCCGACAAAGCCGGCGACGCGGUGGACAAGCUGGCCGGCGAGAUGAAGAAGAUCAAGAUCACGGUGGUCACCAAGGCACAGAAGGAAGCUCGUGAGCGGGAACGCCUGGCGAGAGAAAAGCUUUCACAGGCCAAGACCGUUCCCGGGCCCCCGCCGGCCGCGGGAGAUGGAUCUCCUUCGCAAUCUACACCCGGUGCUGCUGACACCACCACCACCACCACCACCACCACCAACAGCAACAACAAUAACUCCUACCUAACCUCGGAAACCGAACAUCAGCUGCCCUCACCAACCCCGUCUCCGGCGCCACAGGCACCCCAGAUCCAAACCCCCGUCAACCCCUCAACGCCGCCCGCAGAAGAAGACAGGAACAUUGCAACAACCCCGUCAGUCGCUUCCCCGCCACCAACAGACCCGCGUCACGUACCCCUCCCAGCAAGCUCACCGCCACCAGCGCUCACGGAGACGCCCCUCAAAAACGAUGCCACUCCCCCGCACACCAGCGAAGAUUCCUUUGUCCACUACCAACCCGAGGGUCCAACCCCGGGACCGCCUCCCCAGUCCGCGGCAGAGCAGCCGCAACAACAAAACCAGCAGCUACAGUGGCUGCCGCCGAACGUGUCCGCUACGCCUGUGCCGUCGCCCAUCAAGAAGAAGGACCUGCCGGUGUUUAGUAGCACCGGUUUCAUCCCUUUUGCCCCGAGGCCCGGUACGCACAGCGACGGG